AUGGCAGCUCGCACCGGUCAGAGAGCUCUGAGAAGGGUGGUCUGGAGAUGCCGGAAGAGGUCGGCGACAGAGGCCGCAGCCUUACUUCCGGCGCAGAACGUCAGGUAUUUAGCUUCCUGUGGUAUACUGAUGAGCAGAGCUCUUCCACUACAUACCUCAAUUUUGCCUAAGGAGAUCUAUGCAAGAACUUUCUUCAAAAUUGCUGCACCAUUAAUAAACAAAAGGAAAGAAUAUUCAGAGAGGAGAAUUAUAGGUUAUUCAAUGCAGGAAAUGUAUGAUGUAGUAUCAGGAAUGGAGGAUUACAAGCAUUUUGUUCCUUGGUGCAAAAAAUCAGAAGUAAUAUCAAAGAGAUCUGGAUACUGUAAAACACAGUUAGAAAUUGGGUUUCCACCUGUGUUGGAGCGAUAUACUUCAGUAGUAACUUUGGUGAAGCCACAUUUGGCAUCUUGUACUGAUGGGAAAUUUUUCAAUCUUCUGGAGACUAUUUGGUGUUCUAGCCCAGGUCUUCCUGGCUACCCAAGAACUUGUACUUUGGAUUUUUCAGUUUCGUUUGAAUUUCGCUCACUUCUGCACUCUCAGCUUGCCACAUUAUUUUUUGAUGAAGUUGUAAAGCAAAUGGUUGCUGCCUUUAAAAGAAGAGCUUGUAAGCUGUAUAGUCCAGAAACAAAUAUACCUCAGGAAUUAAUGCUUCACGAAGUUCAUCACACAUAA